CAAUAACAGCAACAACAACAAUGGCAGCAGCAGCAGCAGCUAACAUGGGAAGCGCCAUUGGCAGCGCACGCGGCCGCAGCCAUGGCGUAUCGAACACCAAACCCCACAGUCAGUAUCUUUUAAGACUUUCGCGCGAAAUGUUGUGCCGGUGAUAGCAGCUGUAGCUCAAAGAAAUACACAAAUAUAUUUAUAUGUAUAUUGAAAACAGAAUACUAAAAGUAAAGUAAAAUAUUUCAGUAAACGCGCCUUCAGUGAACGUGCGCAGGCGUAAAAGGGUGCGCGUGUUUCUGCAGAACAAUAAUGAUACUAUAUAUAUACUAUAAACUAAUAAUAAUAAAAGAACGGUAAUUCUGUUAAGCACCGAUCUAAUUUGAAACUGUAAAAAUAUAUUUUAGUACUUAACUGGCUAAAAGUCAUAGUCGGCGAAACAAGUAAAUAAGGCAUAAACUAAUUCGCGCGCUGUGAAGUGCAUACAAAUCAACAGUUAUUCGCAUGUCUUGCCACAAUUAGUGGUAUACAACACAGGCCGAACUGCGGCAAUAAUAACAAGAAAACCGUUUGAAGUGAAGUAAAUUGCAGAAUGCAAAAAAACUGCAACGAAAACACUUAAAAAGUUACAAUACAAAAACAACAAAAUUAACAUUGCACAGCAUUGCCAACGAGUUGAAAAAAAUAUCAAGUGCAACAACAAUAAUAAUAAUAUAAGCCAGCGGCUUAGCACAUCACUUGCGCAUAUUAAGUGCAUUUAAACGCAACUAAACACUUCUAAUUGCAUAAUCAUUAAUACAUAAAUACACAUCUAAACGUGCCACUGAGUUUCGGUGUGUGCGCGUCACAUCCCUGCAUGUGUUGCAUGUAGCAAAAUGCUCAAAAUGUGCCACUUACGCCAAUCGCAAUUUAUUCUAAUAAUAAUUUCCUGCCUACUGUUGAACGUCACAACAACAGCAACAACAACGAUAGACAUAACGACAGCGGCCUUAAAAAAUGGCAAAACAACACCACUCGAUGUUGUUGCAAUAGCAGGCGCAUCGCCCACCGUCGGCCGUUCCAUCGUGAUUCCCGGAAAAUAUCAUGCCUACACACAGCAUGCGCAGCAGCCGAAGAAGCUGCAUGUGUCGGCCAUAGCAGCGCAGAAACCGCUGUCGCAGCAGCAAGCGUCAAAACAACAGCAAAAACACUAUCAGGAACAGCAGCAGCAGCAGCGGCAACAACGUGUGGACGCUGUCAAACCUGUCGCAGUUCCCAGCAGCAAGCUGAAUCCUAUCAGAAAUUGGUUUGGCAUAUUUAAUCGGAACAACGCACAGGCGACAGCGGCCGCCGCGACGGCGCAUGACACGACGACAACAACAACAUGCAAUUGCAGAUGUGGCGAACGCAACGACGAAUCACGCAUUGUGGGCGGACAGACAGCCGGCGUUAGCGAAUACCCAUGGAUGGCGCGUCUCAGCUACUUCAAUCGUUUCUACUGCGGCGGCACACUUAUCAAUGACCGUUAUGUACUCACCGCAGCGCAUUGUGUCAAAGGUUUCAUGUGGUUCAUGAUCAAAGUGACAUUUGGCGAACACGAUCGUUGCAAUGAUAAAGAGCGACCCGAAACACGUUUCGUGCUGCGUGCCUUCAGUCAGAAAUUCAGUUUUUCCAAUUUCGAUAAUGACAUAGCUUUGCUACGUCUUAACGAUCGUGUGCCGAUUACGAGCUUCAUUCGACCGAUCUGUUUGCCACGCGCUUUCGAACGCAAUGAUCUGUUCAUUGGCACCAAAGGUAUAGCGACCGGUUGGGGCACGUUGAAGGAGGAUGGUAAGCCAUCAUGUUUGCUGCAAGAGGUGGAGGUGCCCGUUUUGGAUAAUGAACACUGUGUCGCACAAACGAAUUACACACAAAAGAUGAUCACCAAGAAUAUGAUGUGUGCCGGUUAUCCGGGUGUGGGUGAGCGUGACUCUUGUCAAGGUGACUCGGGUGGGCCGCUAGUGCGUAUGCGUCCCGAUGAUAAACGUUUCGAACAGAUUGGUAUUGUGUCGUGGGGUAACGGUUGUGCACGACCCAACUAUCCGGGUGUGUAUACACGUGUCACCAAAUAUUUGGACUGGAUAAUGGAGAAUUCAAGAGAUGGCUGCUUUUGCGAUGAGGACGAUUAAAGUGGCGAGCGGAAGUGGUCGGGUUCGUACUGAGUGCAGUGAAAAGUUUUUUUAUGUUUAACGGAUUUAUAUUUUGAUAAUACUUUAAGGGGGUUUCGAAGCGCGGAAAUAAUAUUCCUUGGGCUGGUUUUGGUUUUGCCAAAAUCAGUUGUGUGUGGGAUUAUAAAGUAGUCGAUUAUUUUGUACUAAAUUAAUAUAAUUUUUUUGUAUUCUUAUAUGUAAUAUCUAUGGCAUAUAUAAAUAAAUAAAUAGUGAAAGUAAAUUAAAAA